AUGACUGGCGUGAAGGGAUCGUCGUACAUGUACAACUUCUCCAACAUCAGAUAUGGUGAACCACCGAUAGGUGAUCUUAGAUUCGCGAAACCUGUGGCUCCCAAAGGGCGCAACGUCUUAAUAGACAAAGGCGACGUUGGCCGCGUUUGUCCCCAGGCGAUGGCCGCAUGGGAAAUAUACACUUCGUUCACAGGACCAGACUUCCUGAGUGGCAAGAUCUCACCUCUCACUGAAGAUCAAAGACAUGCCCUCAAAGAGCCCUCAGAUCUGAAGAUACCGAUAGAUCCCAGGGAAACAGAAGACUGUCUCUUUCUCGAUGUUGUCACUCCCAUCGAGACUUUCGAAAGUCCAUUGAAGAAACUGGCGCCGGUGAUAUUCUGGCUUUCGGGAGGUGGAUAUACGAAUGGUGAGAAAGGCUGGUUUGGCCCCGCGGGGCUCAUCAAGGCGAGCUAUGCGUCGAGUUCGGAAGGCUUGGUCUUUGUUUCUGCAAACUAUCGACGACUGACCCUUGAAUGGAUCCAAGAGAACAUCAAUCAGUUCGGCGGCGAUCCAACUCGUGUGACCAUCAUGGGCGACUCAGCUGGAGUUCAUAUCGCAAAUGGAAAGCUCGAGGGUGAUGUGAUCGACGAGUUCCUCGCUCUUGCAAAGGUGACAGAUCUGGAAGCGGCUAGAAAACUGUCAAUUGAAGAGGUUCAAAAAGCAAACAGGCUUCUGAUCUCAAACUCUGUUUGGGGAGCAAGUACGAUAGGUCCAUUUGUGGAUGGGAUAUACGUACCAGAAAACCCGGAUAAGCUGUUUGCAGAAGGGAGGUAUAUCCAGAAUGUGGAUCUGUUGAUUGGCUUCAACGAAGAUGAAGGGCUGAUCUUCACAUCUCCCGAGUCGAGUGACGAUGCUGGGUACCGCAAGUCGCUGGAGUCAACGUACUCGAACGCCAGCCCUGAGAUACUUGACCACAUCGAGACGACGCUCUACCCACCAGUGUUUGACGGAAGCUAUGGGUACACGAACCAAACAGGUCGUGCCUUCAUCACCAAGGCCGAGUCAGAGUUCACCUGCAAGUACGGAUUCUUACAGGCCGCGUAUGGAAACAGAGCCAAGAGUUACCGCUUCAACGUCUACCCCGGCCUUCACGGGAGCGAGAUUCACUAUACCUUCUACAAUGGCCCGGAUCGGAAUCCAGAGGUUGAUGAAGGUAUUGCUGUUGGGUUUCAGGAGCUUCUGACGAGUUUUGCGGCGACUGGAAACGCGACUUCGCUGGCUGCUCCUCAGGGGGUACCGGUGUACGGGGAAGAGAGGCGUAUGCUUUACAUCGGUAACGGGGGCUUCACUAUCGCGACGGAUGAGACUGUUCCUGAGCGUUUCUUCUGGACCUCUCAGCACCUCGAUCUCCUCGGCAUUCGCUUCGAGCACCUCGAUGGUCCUCGCCACGCGGUACAACCUCGCCGAGAGAAUUCCGUGAAGCUUGUCCCAGUCAAGAUUAUUUUCCACAUCAUGCGCUUUGCCUCGGUUUGGGAACCUGAAGACAAGCUUGAGUCGGCCUUUUAUCUUCUUUGUGUCCCGGGAAGCCCUCUGAUGCCCAGUUCCAAUCCCCCGAAGUUCUUCUACGCGAAACGCGCCGCUCAUGAAACACUGAGCUAUGUCUUUCAUGUAGACAGACCCUCUCCCCGAACUCAGCCCCCGGUAGUCGGGUUCACUUACUAUCGGGCCUUCAACUGGGAUCGUAAAAGACGCUUCACUCCCAGAAAGCAUCCCAUGUCCGAAUACGGUGAAACCAACGGCCCAGUCGAGAGAAUUUGCAAGAUUCUCUUGCGUAAGGUCACCCCACAGAAGUGGGAGGAGGACCCCUACAUCCUCUGUCUGCUGUUGUCGCUCGCACAAGCGCAGGCAAUCGAACAGAAGAAGAAGAAAGAAAAGCCGGACACUUUCCCUGUGCGACUCCUCGUGGCUGUCGACGGAGACACGGAUUUCGCCCACGUCUUCCAGGCUGAGAUUGACGCCCGUAUCCUCAUAGCAUUCAAGAAGCCGACAUUCAAUUUCAAUGGAGUCCCAUGGCCGACAGUUGUUCACUCGAAGGUGGCUUACGGCCCUUACCAGACUUUUCCGGAUCGCCUCCUUGCGGAGGUGCUUGGGUCUUAG